CUAGCGAUCUAAACUAAUCAACAUGUCACUUCUUUAUGUUUGCCAGGGACACGAUGGUGAUGUUAACUAUUGUGAGUGGUCUCCAGUAUCUCCUUAUAUUGCCACUGCUGGAGGUGACAAGGUGAUAAGAAUUUGGAAUGGAUGCACGGGUCAGGAGCUUCCACAAUCUCCAUUGCGUGGUCAUACCUAUUACGUUAAUUCUUGUGUCUUCAGUCCAAAUGGAGAUUUGCUUGCAUCCUCUUCAUCUGACGGAAGUAUUAAGCUCUGGUCAACUACGACAUGGAAGUGUAUUGGUUCACUGAUUGGCCAUAAAAUUAGUGUCAAAAUGUGCUGUUUUUCACCUGAUGGUUCCCUCAUUGCAUCAGCCGGUGGAGGAGGAGAUGAAAGUUUAAGAAUAUGGGAUGCUAAUGCCAUGACUUGCAUUAACACAUUUGAUAAACACGAAUGCAGUGUCAAUUGUUGCUCUUUUGCAUCUGUUGGAUGGUUGCUAGCUUCUGGUGGCAGUAGUGGAGAGAUAAUUCUCUCAGAUGCUUUCUCUAACCGUUGCAUUAAAAAGAUGUUUGCUCAUGAUAUGGGUGUGAGCUGGUUACAAUUUGCCCUUACUUAUACCAGUGAGACCAUUUUUCUGUUGGCUAGUGUGGGACUAGAUGAUACUGUCAAACUUUGGAAUGUUGAUCUUUCAAGUAAAGCAAUAUUAAAGUUAGGUUUGACAUUACAGGGGCACUCAGCAGCUGUAUAUAGUUGCCACUUUUCACCAGAUUUUAAAUAUUUAGUGACAGGUUCUGCUGAUAAGUCAGUUAUUGUCUGGAGUUUGGUUGAUGGUCGUGUGGUGAAUAAAAUUGAUGCUCAUUCUCGCUAUGUCACUUUUUGUUGUUUUUCACCAUGUGGGAAGAAGAUUGCUUCAACUUCCAAUGACAAAACAAUGAAAAUCUGGUCAUUAGAACCAAAAGAUGAAGCUAUAAGUUCUGGUGUUAGUGAACCACCUACACGAAGUAAUAAAGUAAAACUAGAUGAUAAACAAGACAGAGAGUCAAAAUGCCCUAAAGAAGCACUGGAGAAAGUAUUUUCAUGGCUACAAGGCAUUCAAUCAGAACAACCUGACAUCACAGAAUAUGAAAAAACCAAUGUUACAAAGUUGUCUCAGUUAUUGUCAAACUUGACAAUUCGCCCCAAUGCUGAUAAUGAAGAUGUUUUAGCUUCUCAUUUAAGAUGUCCUAUCACCCAAGAUAUAUUUCAAGAUCCUGUUGUAGCUGCAGAUGGUCACACAUAUGAGCGUUCAGCAAUGAUGUCUUGGCUUAUGGAAGGUAAAAGGAGCAGUCCUGUUACCAAUGCCACAUUACCACAUACAACUCUGAUACAAAACCACUGCAUCAAAACCAUUAUUAAUGCAAGACCCAAGCAAGGAUUGUCAUAAAUAAACAAAAUAAUAAAUUAUUUUUAUUAUUAAAUGUACAAAUUAUAAAGUAUAGCAGAAAUUGUCUAUUUUUUAUCAAUUACUAUGACUUGAAGCAGAUGA